AUGAAGUUCGAUAUCAAGCGGCUAGCUUGGGCUUUAUUGCCGUGGACGGUGGCAUCCAGCCCAUUCCCAGCUGAAGAACGACUUUCUGUGCCAGAUGGCUCUACUCAUGCCAGCCACAUCUUCAAUGCUCUGCAUAACUCCAUGAAGAUGUUCGGCAGCGUCAUGCAGCACAAUGGCAUGUCCGUCUUCAUUGCCACGGUACCUCAAGGAACGGAGUUCUACCACGGUACCUCGAGUGCAUAUCGUAUCAAUGGCACUGAGUGGUUAGCUUUUGAGCCGGAGCAUGCCAUGGUUUUUGCCCAUCCUGGUAGGACCCGUCGUUCAAGACCCUCCGAAGCUACCAACCAGCCACAUGAAGAUGAGGAACAGAGCAAUAUAGAGAAAACAUAUGAUCAUCGUUGGACGGAGACGGUGGAGCAUGAAAGUGACCUUGAAACGGAAACCGGCAGCUGGGUGCAGGAUCAUGCCCGGCACCACGAACAUGUGAGCACAUAUCGUGCAGAUUCUCGCAGUAAACACUGGGCGGAGCGGGUUCAGCAUAAAUCUGACUUUAGACCGGAGAACGACGGCUGGGUACAAGACCAUGCCAGGCAUCGCGAACAUCUAAAGCCAUAUUAUGCAGGCUCUCGCGAUAAGCACCGGAAAGAGUCGGUUCACCAGCAAAGUGGCUCUGAUUCAGACAACAACGACUGGACACAGGAUCAUGCCCAGCACCGCGAACACGUGAAGCUUUAUCAUGCAGAUUCUCGCGGUCACACAAAGCAUCACAAUGCUGACAUGGCUGCUGAAGGCACGCCUCACCAUGGCCUCUUCACUCGCCAAUGGAAGAGACUGCAGUCAAUUGUUCAGUAUUUCCUAACUGAGCACGGGGGAUCUCACAGGGUAGUGGUCGAAGGAUCCGACUCGCAAGCUCGUCAUGGAUCUUACGAUGGUCACCAUAACAAGCCUGGCCACCAGAGUCAGUCAAACAUUGGGGAGCACUAUGACCAGUCAUCUUUCAUUUCCACCGAACCUACGGUAGAAGAACAGACGGGAUAUUUCCACACCUAUCGCACUAAGCGUGAUUUACGUCUCGUGUACUUUGAUGGACAGUCGGCUGCAAAAUCUCUCAAGGGUACCCUCGAUAUGCAGGACAUUGUCCUCCGAAAUGCAACCCUCUUUGAUGGCAGCCCGGCAGAGGGUGACAACCUGCGCGCCGACGAUCUGUGUGCCAUGGCCCGCGACCAGUGGGACAAUCGUGUUGACGGAUUCAUUCGAAUGGUCGGUGGCUUCGAGGUUAUCCUCUGCUCGUUCGCCGAUAACCUCGACGUUGUAAGCAUCUUAAGCACUUACCCAUCGCGCAAUGGGGAUGGUGGUUCCCAUCUCAGCUAUGCUCGAGCACUUGCUACCCGAUUCGAUGGCAUUGGGGGAGACAGAGUAUCCAUCAACUACGACGAUUUUGUCACGAUGUUCGCAUACCCCGACGCAAUGUACUUUGACGAGCAGGGCCUCCCCCGGGUGGUCAACGAUGCUGCAAAGCUGGUGCCCGUACGCGCACACAUUGAUCGGCUGGUCAGAGGGACUGAUUUUACAAACACUGGUAUUAACUGGCAAAACGUCGUCGACAUGAUCAUGACCAGGUACCACUACCGCAUUAGUCUGGCGUUGUCUCCGGCCAUUUCAACUCACCAUGAACUUCGCCGUGAGCUUCACCUCGCUAUUGAGCCAUUUAUCGACGCGCGUGGGCGCAACUCGACUGCUGAAAUUGAGCGCUGCGCCAGGCAGUUCUGGGUUUCUGGCGCUGAUAUUACCACUGUCCCAGCUCAGGCUGUCUCUCAGGUUUCGGAGCGAUUGUGUUCGAGCUUGGUUGCUGGCGCGAGCGCAGAGACGUAUGAAGAGGGCAUUGCAAUCAUUGAGGACCUGAAGCAUUACUUGAAUUGGGCAGUAUUCAGGGAGUGUCAUAAGUGCAAGAUAGAUGAAGUUUGUCAGCUCCCCAUUUGGCCUUCUGGCUCCAAGGAGGAUUUCGUUCGGCCGCGGUGUGGUACCGGUCUGUCUCAUGGCUCGGGCGGCUAUUGGGAUAUGAUGGGCAAGAUCCGUCAGCAUUAG